ACCGAACCGUAGACAUUCGGCCCAGGUGACGAGCCUCCACGCGCACACCACAAUCCCAACAAAAAGCAACGACAUUUCAUGGCGGAUCUUUUGACAAAUACUGCAGUACCAAUGACCGCCGCCGCCGCCUCCCGCCUCCUCCCGGCAAUCGGUGCAUCGGCUUCCAGAUUGUCCUUUCGCACUUCUCUCUCCGUCACCUCUCUCCGAUCGCCUGCUUUCGGUUCUCGCUUAGUACUUCCGCCGCAGAAGUGCUGUGCGCGACGAAUUUUGUGCGAGAGAGUCGGUUAUUCGACGGCGUCGUCGCCGAAAGGCGUAGCAUCGGACGCCGGGCAGCUGAAGAGUGCUCGUGAAGAUAUAAAAGACCUUCUGAAGACGAAGUUCUGUAACCCUAUCCUGGUUCGGUUGGGUUGGCAUGACGCUGGUACAUAUAACAAGAACAUUGAGGAGUGGCCGAAAAGGGGUGGUGCUAAUGGAAGUUUAAGAUUCGAAAUUGAACUAAAACAUGGAGCAAAUGCUGGGCUUGUCAACGCACUCAAACUUCUGCAACCCAUUAAGGAUAAGUACUCUAGUGUGACAUAUGCAGACUUAUUCCAAUUGGCUAGUGCCACUGCCAUAGAGGAAGCUGGGGGACCCAAAAUUCCCAUGAAGUAUGGAAGAGUAGAUGUGUCUGGACCGGAACAAUGUCCAGAGGAAGGAAGGCUUCCUGAUGCUGGCCCCCCUUCCCCGGCUGAUCAUUUACGCGAGGUCUUCUACAGGAUGGGGCUUAAUGAUAAGGAAAUAGUUGCUCUCUCUGGUGCACACACUCUUGGACGGUCGAGGCCAGAUCGCAGUGGAUGGGGCAAACCAGAAACCAAAUACACGAAAGAAGGACCUGGAGCGCCUGGAGGACAAUCAUGGACUACACAAUGGCUAAAAUUCGACAAUUCCUACUUCAAGGAUAUCAAAGAAAGAAGGGACGAGGAGCUCCUAGUUCUACCUACAGAUGCUGUUCUAUUCGACGAUCCUUCUUUCAAGGUUUACGCCGAGAAGUAUGCUGAAGAUGAGGAUGCAUUUUUUAAAGACUAUGCUGAAGCUCAUGCCAAGCUUAGCAAUCUUGGAGCCAAAUUCGACCCUCCUGAGGGCUUCUCGUUAGAUUGAAGUGGCGCUUUUGGUUUAGUGAUGAAAGAAGAGGGAGAAAUAACGCCAACUUAUUAUUUCUUGCUGGUUUGAACUGCAGAGAGCGAACUUAUUCGAUUUGUCUCUUUAUUAGCGUUUCAUAUUUUUGAUGCACCUAUGUUUGAAUUACUAAUAACGAUCAGAGAGUAGUUUGGGAUUUGUAAAAGUAUGAAAAAGAAAAGAAAAGAAAAAAUUAUAUAAAGAUUGUUCUAAUGAAGUUAUUUGAGCUUGCCUGUAACACCCUGGUCUGGUAAGCGUGAACUUAGGAAAUUAAAUUUAAGUAAUUGAUUGAA